GUUAACUCCCCACUCAAAGCGGGUUUCCUCAGGUUCCUCAACUCUUUGUUAUUAUAGUUUUAAAAAGUAGAUAUUCGGCGUGUUUGUUGAGAUGGAGACCAAGGAUGAUCAGCCAAUCCAGAACAAGCAUGUAAGGAGGCGGAAAAAGCAGCUGUACAAACAGAUAAGAUCACAGAUGGAGUUUUAUUUUAGUGAUUCAAAUCUUUUGAAAGACAGGUACUUGAAGAAACUCAUAGAUGAUACACCAGAUUCAUAUGUGGAAUUGUCAGUUUUUACAAAUUUCAACAAGAUGAAGGCACUUUCCACAGACAUAUCAGAAAUUGCUAAAAGUUUGUCUUCAUCGACAUUACUAGCGGUUAGUGAUGAUGGCUUGAAGGUGAAAAGAGUCCGACCACUGCAAGAUGCUGCAGAUAUUGACAGCAGAACAGUUUAUGUGGAAUGUCUACCCCAAGGCAUUGAUCAUGAAUGGAUCAGAAACGUGUUUAUUCCUUGUGGUGAAGUGGCGUAUGUGAGUCUCCCCAAGUUUAAGAGCACAAAAGACAAUAAAGGAUUUGCGUUUGUGGAGUUUGCUCAUCAGGAAGGUGCAGAAAAAGCUAUCAAGCUACUCAACAAUCCUCCAUCAGAUGCACCAGAGAAACCAGGAAAGUUCCCCAAGUUUAAUAAAACAUUAAAACAGCUACAGAAACAUGUCAAACAAGGAGAAACAAAGGACUCCCAAGGUAAAAAGAAACGGAGACAGACAGUAGAAUCCACCUCUGGCGAAGGCACAGAUGAUGGUUCUAAAAGCAAGAAAAAAUUUAAUGAAAACCCGAAGAAAACCAAACAACGAAAAAGUAUGGAAAGUUCAGCAGAUGAAACAGAAGAUCCUCAGCAACCAAAGGGAAAACACCUGCGCCUGACAAGUGAAAGUUCUUCUACUGAAGGAAAAGAAACAAAAGGACGAAAAAACAGUAAACGUCGUAGACAGACAAGUGAAUGUUCUAAUGAAAGUAUAGAAAGUCUUCCUGGUAGUAAGAAAAGGAAAAGGAGGAAUAGCGAAUCUGACCUUCCAGUCCAUGGUGGAAAAUCAAAAAUGUCUGCAACAGAUGACAGAGCAGAAGUUCUUGAAAAGAAUACUGACACAGUGACUAAGGCUGAACAAAAUGUAGAAAGUUUAACUGAUCAAAAAGCCAAAGAGACUGAAACUGGAAAGAAGAGAAGAAAAUUAAAAGAAUUGACUGAAUUGGAAAGCCAUGCCUCAAAAAAAGUCCGCAUUGAUGAAAGUAUUACUCAAGAACACCACUUAGAAGAUGAAGGCACCAAAAAGAGAAACAGGCACAAGAAGAUAAGAGACAAAAAACCAGAUUUUCCCCAGCUUAGAGUUCUCUCAAAGCUUGAUUGGCUAGCUUUGAAGAAGGAAUACCUUUCCAUACAAAAGGCCAAUAUGACAAAGUUGAAGGAGAAGUUGAAGGGGCUGCAUUCUGAGAAUGCAGAGAAUGGAAGUAGUUUAAGGCUUGUGUCAAACUCUGCCACCUGUGAUCCACCCGCACCCCAGGUCACUAACCAGAAGACCCCAGACUUUGUGCCCGGAGUCCUUGUACAUGUGUCUGCAGGACAACCCCUCAUAAGGAAGGCAUUGAAGGACAAGAUAGGGGAUCUGGCCAGUAUAGCCUAUAUAGAUGUCAGGGAUGAGGAGAAGGAGGGGAUGAUAAGAUGUAAUGAUGCUGACAGUGCCCUGUCACUUCUGACUGCUGGUUGUGAUGGAGUCAAGUUUACCAAAGUUACAGGUGAUGCAGAAAAACAGUACUGGCAGAAGUUGCACGCUGAUAGAGAGGCCAAACUUGAUUCAAAGAAAAGAAAAAAGAAAAGGGGAGCCGAGAAGAUCAGUGAAUGUGAAAAUGGUUUCAACUUUUCAUUUCCAGAUGUGGAAUUGUCAGUUUUUACAAAUUUCAACAAGAUGAAGGCACUUUCCACAGACGUAUCAGAAAUUGCUAAAAGUUUGUCUUCUUCGACAUUACUAGCGGUUAGUGAUGAUGGCUUGAAGGUGAAAAGAGUCAGACCACUGCAAGAUGCUGCAGAUAUUGACAGCAGAACAGUUUAUGUGGAAUGUCUACCCCAAGGCAUUGAUCAUGAAUGGAUCAGAAACGUGUUUAUUCCUUGUGGCGAAGUGGCGUAUGUGAGUCUCCCAAAGUUUAAGAGCACAAAAGACAAUAAAGGGUUUGCGUUUGUGGAGUUUGCACAUCAGGAAGGUGCAGAUAAAGCUAUCAAGCUCCUUAACAAUCCUCCGUCAGAUGCACCAGAGAAACCAGGAAAGUUCCCCAAGUUUAAUAAAACAUUAAAACAGCUACAGAAACAUGUCAAACAAGGAGAAACAAAGGACUCCCAAGGUAAAAAGAAACGGAGACAAACCGUAGAAUCCACCUCUGGCGAAGGCACAGAUGAUGGUCCUAAAGGCAAGAAAAAAUUCAAUGAAAACCCGAAGAAAACCAAACAACGAAAAAGUAUGGAAAGUUCAGCAGAUGAAACAGAAGAUCCUCAGCAACCAAAGGGAAAACACCUGCGCCUGACAAGCGAAAGUUCUUCUACUGAAGGAAAAGAAACAAAAGGAAGAAAAAGCAGUAAACGCCGGAGACAGACAAGUGAAUGUUCUAAUGAAAGUAUAGAAAGUCUUCCUGGUAGUAAGAAAAGGAAAAGGAGGAAUAGCGAAUCUGACCUUCCAGUCCAUGGUGGAAAAUUCAAAAUGUCUGCAACAGAUGACAGAGCAGAAGUUCUAGAAAAGAAUACUGACUGUGACACAGUGACUAAGGCUGAACAAACUGUAGAAAGUUUAACUGAUCAAAAAACCAAAGAGACUGAAACUGGAAAGAAGAAAAGAAAAUUAAAAGAAUUGACUGAAUUGGAAAGCCAUGCCUCAAAAAAAGUCCGCAUUGAUGAAAGUAUUACUCAAGAACACCACUUAGAAGAUGAAGGCACCAAAAAGAGAAACAGGCACAAGAAGAUAAGAGACAAAAAACCAGAUUUUCCCCAGCUUAGGGUUCUCUCAAAGCUUGAUUGGCUAGCUUUGAAGAAGGAAUAUCUUUCCAUACAAAAGGCCAAUAUGACAAAGUUGAAGGAGAAGUUGAAGGGACUGCAUUCUGAGAAUGCAGAGAAUGGGGGUAGUUUAAGGCUUGUGUCAAACUCUGCCACCUGUGAUCCACCCGCACCCCAGGUCACUAACCAGAAGACCCCAGACUUUGUGCCCGGAGUCCUUGUACAUGUGUCUGCAGGACAACCCCUCAUAAGGAAGGCAUUGAAGGACAAGAUCGGGGAUCUAGCCAGUAUAGCCUAUAUAGAUGUCAGGGAUGAGGAGAAGGAGGGGAUGAUAAGAUGUAAUGAUGCUGACAGUGCCCUGUCACUUCUGACUGCUGGUUGUGAUGGAGUCAAGUUCACCAAAGUUACAGGUGAUGCAGAAAAACAGUACUGGCAGAAGUUGCACGCUGAUAGAGAGGCCAAACUUGGUUCAAAGAAAAGAAAAAAGAAAAGGGGAGGGGAGAAGGUAAGAAAAAAAAUUAUAUAUAUGUAUGGCCUGAAAUCUUCCAAUGAAAAAGGCUAA